GAAACUUUCCCUUGAGGCUUGAGCGCUAUUCAUCUUCUUCCUCCAGUUCCAUAGAGCUUACUGGAGCCUUGUAGAUCAAAACACUUUCCGGGAAAUGGAUUGUCGUGAAUAUCGUGAUUGGCGGAUUAGAAUUGAUUACAAAAUAUGAUGAUGGAAGAGGAUUAGCAAACACAGUGAUGAGUGUCAAAGAUGAUAAUGGAGUAGGAGUUAUCCAUUUUGCUGCUGAAGAAGGGAAGUUGAAUGUUCUCAAAUACUUGAUUGAAGAAUUGGGACUUGAUGUCAAUAUGAAAGAUGAUGGAAAAGGUGACUCUCCAUUGUCUCAUGCAGCACUGGAUGGGAAUAUCAACACUGUUGAUUAUCUACUUGGAAAAGGUGCUAAUCCUAAUACACGCAACACCGACGGUGCUACUCCUCUGCAUUAUGCUGCUCAACAUGGAUUCACAGAGAUACUCACUAGAUUACUAUCCAGAGGUGUUAAUGUAAAUGGUUCAUGUGAAGAUGGCACACUGACACCUCUAGCAGUGGCUGGUGCUACACUGUCACCCCUAGAUAUGGCUGCUAAUAACGGCCAACUCGAGGCGAUACGAAUUUUGUUGGAUCACAAUGCAGAUCCUAAUUUGAUGUCUUGCCGUUCGUAUACACCACUGACAGUAUCUGUUGUAUCUGGUCGACCCCAGUCAUUACAAUGCGUCGAGCUUUUACUCGAGGCUGGUGCUGACCCUGAUGGUGGAUCAUAUGGAGUAACACCUCUGAUAAUUGCAACACAUAAAGGGUUAACAGAAAUCAUCAGGCGCUUAGUUCAAGCUGGUGCUGAUCCCGAUGUUACAAAUUGUUUUGGACACACGCCAUUAGAAAUUGCCGCAGGCAAAGGUAAUCAUCAUGAUGUUGAGAUUCUUUUCCCUGUUACUUCUCGUAUUCCAGGAUAUAUCGACUGGAGCGCUGGUGGAGUAAUUACACAUGUACAUUCUGAUCAAGCUAAGGAACAGGCAAGCGAUAUUGCUCCUUAUGACGCAAAUGUACUUUCUAACCGGAGUAUGUGUUGGGCCCGUGUGAAAGACGGCAAGUCGGCUUUAGAAACUGCCAGUAAAUGCAUAUUGCUAAGACCAGAUUGGCCUAAGGCAUACUACCGGGCUGGUGUAGCGUACAAUUUACUAAAAAGAUACAGAUGUGCGCAAGAAGCCUUCCUCGAAGGUUUGAAGUUGAGUCCUAAUAACCAAGAACUUAAAGAUGCAUACAGGGAAGCUGUUGAAGCUCAGUUGAACACUGCAUGACAUGCACAGUAUCUUGUCUAGAAGAAGAUGGCUAUGUCAUUUUUUUUUUGACAACUUAUGUAUGAAAUUUACUUCACUAUGUCUAUAUGCACAGGUCCUUUUAUCAGGUGCCUUUCUCAAGACACUCUUAGAAACAAGUCAUGACAAA